CAAUCAAGUUGAGCCUUGGGUACGUGCACUAGCAGAAGGUGACUACUAUGAUCUUAGUGUUGAAGAACGCCUUAACGCAUUGGUUGCCCUCGUUGGUGUUGCUACUGAAGGGAACUCUAUUCGUGGUGUACUUGAGGAACGUUUGGAGUUAGCAAAUGCCUUAAAGAAGCAAAUGUGGGCAGAAGCGCAACUUGACAAGAGGCGUUCCAAGGAAGAAUUUGCUAGCAGAGUACAAUAUAACUCUGACAUGGGUUUGAAGGCUGAUAUAUAUCAAGAAAACAAUGCUACAGAGAUUUCUUCAACUCCAGCCUGUGAUGUUUAUAAAGAGAAUGAUGGACAUGUUGGGACAAUCAACAGUUGUGAGAUGGAUGAUCAGCAUAAUCAGGGUAAUUUUGGCAGUAUGGCUUAUGAGAGAAAUGGCAUAGGCCAGGAAAUCCUUGCAACCCCAGAUACUUCGUAUGUUCAGCAGUAUGCUUAUGCUGAUAAAACACGAUCUCAGUUGAAAUCGUACAUUGGUCACCGGGCAGAACAGCUCUAUGUUUACAGAUCCCUGCCCCUAGGUCAGGAUCGGAGGCGAAACAGGUAUUGGCAGUUUACAACUUCAGCAUCACCAAAUGACCUUGGCUCAGGAAGAAUCUUUUUUGAAUCCAAAGAUGGAUGUUGGAGAGUUAUUGACUCAGAGGAGGCCUUUGAUUCUUUAGUGGCCGCCCUCGAUACACGUGGCAGCCGGGAGGCACAGCUGCAUUCAAUGCUGCAAGUGAUUGAGCCCACCUUUAAGGAAGCUAUUAAGAGGAGAAGUGCAGGUAUAGAACUACCUGCUGGAAGGUAUCCAAAGAAUGGAGCUACUGACAUGAUAAGGGCAAAUUAUCAUAGUGAGGUUGGAAGCUCAAGCAGUACUCCUUUUGGUGUUACAUCUGAUAUUGUGACAGCAUAUGCUGAUUCUUUUAAAGUAGAGCUUGGGCGUAAUGAUUUUGAGAAGACAGCUAUCUCAAAAAGGGCAGAUAAAUUUUUAAAAUGGAUGUGGAGGGAAUGCUACAAUCAGGAAUUGACAUGUGCCAUGAAAUACGGGAAGAAAAGAUGCUCUGAAUUGUUGCAUUCUUGUAAUUGCUGCUAUCAGAUUUACUUAGCCGAAGAAAGGCACUGUCCUUCUUGCCAUAAGACAUUCAAAUCCAUUUACAAUUUUUCUGAUCAUACAACACAAUGCGAAGAGAAACGGAGAACUGACCCUUACUGGAAGAUGCAAAUCACUGAUUAUUCUGUUCCAAUAGGGAUGGUAUUACUCAAGCUGCAGUUAGUUAUGAUUGAGGCAGCUAUACCAUCAGAAGCACUUCAACCAUUUUGGACUGAUGUGUAUCGGAAAUCUUGGAGUGUGAAGCUGUACACUACCAAAUCUAUUGCCGAAACAUUUCAGCUUUUGACUGUUCUGGAAGGUGCAAUAAGACCAGGUUGCCUCUCUUCUGAUUUUGAAACAACAAGUGAAUGUCUAAACUCACAGAGUAUUGCACCCCAGAAUCCUGUGUUACCCGCUGGAUCUGCUUCUGCCCUUCCAUGGGUUCCUGACACUACUUCUGCUGUUAUGCUCCGAAUGUUAGACCUUGACUCAGCUAUUUCUUACGUGCAAAAUCAAAAGAUGGAGAGAGACGAUGGAGGUUUUAUGAAAUUUCCAUCAAGGUAUACAGUUGCUAAGAGCAAACAAGAAGGUAUACUUGAACCAACUGGUUUGAAUCUGUAUGAUGGAAGGUGGCUUCCUGGUAGUGGUCGUAGGGGACGUGGACGUGGAAGUAGAGGAGGUAGCAGGGGAGGCAGAGGUCGAAGUCGAGGUGGAAGGAUCCCAAGAGGCGUUAGCAGCUCAUCAAGGAUCGAAUUCAAGGAUGAAAUUGUUGCUUCUGAUAAAGCGCCAAGGAAGAAUGCACGCCGAGGGCGUGCACGUGGUCGUGGUAGUAGACGAGGACGUCGAACUGUGAGGCCUCGGCAGCCAUCUGCAGGCAGAGCCAGAUCAAUUCCAAAGGAAAAUUUGUUGGGAAGCUUUAGCAUGCUUAGCAGCUCAAAGCCUGCCCCCGUUGAGGAGUCUCCACAAAGCUCUGGUGCAGAUGAGUGGGGCCUGGAGACCAGAGUGACAUACAACGAAUGUGAUGAGAACAGUUCUGGAUCAGAGUCAGAAGAUAACGAGGAAAACGGCCAGCCCAUGGAUGAGGAUUAUGAAGAGCAAGUUCUAGAUUACUCAAUGGGUUAUUCUAGUGGAUCCAGGCACCAUGGAACGAUGUCCAUGAUGGAUCAUGAGACUGAGGAGGAGGAUGAAGAUGCUGAAGGUGAUGAGAAUGUUGAAGAAGAUGAUGCAGAUCAAGCAGUUGACGAUGCCGAUGUUGAGAUGGAUGAAGAUGAUGAGACUGGUGAUGAUGGAGAGGAUGGCAAUGUUGGAGGGGAGAUGAAUGCGGAUGAGGAUCCAGAUGCUACUUCAUAUUCAUCUGACUACAGCGAAUAAGAAAGCAUAAAUAAGGACCUUAUCCCAGAUCCUGCCUCGGCAUGAAGCAGCGAUAGAUGCGGAACCGAGGAACUGAUUUUCGAUGGGGAUGUGCAUUACUGUUUUUUAGGCAUCGGCUGGUUUUAUUUUAAUAGAUUUUCUGGAGUAUGUCUACUAAUCUGACGAGUGGUUGUACCGGGCUAGUUAUGUCACUGGGGAAUUCCCCGAGUUAUACAGUGUCUCUAAGGCUUAAUGUUAUCAUAUCGCAAUUUGGUUCCCAUACAUGUACUAUCUUCGGCUCUCCAAAAAGCAUCUGGCUGGAAUGUAGCAUCUUCAACGAAUUGCUUACUCAACAUCUCUUAAAAUCACAUAUAAAAGUAUAUAUAUAAGUGAACUUUUAUCA